CAAUUCUCCCUAGAGGAGCUUCAUUGCUAUCUACAGACAGUCGUUGAAUUGCUCUGUCUUGAACGAACCCCCCAGCUGCUCGCUUAUCGUACAUCCGUCUCUGUUGUCGAUAUCGCCCACCUCGUGCCGUCAUAGCCGCUUCUUUUUGCAGUGACGAUCCCCCACCGCCGGUUGCUGCGACGGAAACGGCGGAAACGGCGUCGCCAACGUUCGAAUUUCUUGGGAGAGCCAUCGCGAAGUUGAGAACGCGACACAGAAACUGGACGCCAUCAUGGCUGUUAGCUAUAGGGCGAAAGCUAUGACAGCUCCCUCGUUGGGGCUGGUCAUUGCUUUCUUUGGAGCUGUUACCCAAGCUCAUGAGCACGAUACAAGCAAAAUCCCUGAAGGCCAGACAGUGUCUGUAGAACCUUUGGAUACUGUGUUAUGGAUUCACAUCUUCGUCCAGAUGUUGGCUUAUGGUGUAAUCUUUCCGAUUGGCAUGGUUCUAGGUAUGACCAAAAACCGAUGGCAUGUCCCGACCCAAGCCGUUGGCACCGUCCUCGCCAUUAUUGGCUUCUUCCUCGGCCACGCGCACAAGGGCCGCCAAUUCAUCCCCAACCACGUCCACGGAAAGUUCGCACACAUCCUUCAGCUGCUCCUCGUCGCGCAGGUUUCCAUUGGAGUGUAUCUCAAGCUUCAUUGGGAGAAGGGUAUCAACGGAAAGAUUCGAAAGAUUGUCCGCCCGUGCCAUGGCAUCAUUGGCAAGGCAAUGCCUAUUCUGGCGUGGACGCAGAUGAUCUUUGGCGGCAUCACAGCUCUGGGCUUCUGCCAGGGCUCACACACCGGCCAAUGCGCAGCUCACUUCAUCAUGGGAGGUGCCUUUAUCGCCUACGGAAUUGUCCUUACCAUCCUGCUUCUCGUCGGUCAGCUAUGGAUUCGAAGCCGCGGACGCUCGCAGGAAUUUUACGACAGUGCCGUGAUAGCUGCAUGGGGCUUCGUCAAUACAUUUACCGAGCACCGCUGGGGUGGACCUUGGGUCAAGAAUGACUGGCAGCAUACGACUAUGGGCGUCAUCUGGUGGUGCGCCGGUCUGGCUGGUGUUUGGCUGAGCAAGGAUCGUGAUGGACGUCCCAAGCGCAACUUCAUCCCAGGAUUCGUGAUCCUCAUUACUGGCUGGGCCAUGUCUGCCCACCCGCAGGACCUGAUGGUCAGUGCUGCGACGCAUACCAUGUUUGGAUAUACCCUCAUGGGUGUCGGCUUCACUCGAAUCAUCGAGAUUGCUUUUGUUCUCAAGGAUGCGCACUCUAUCUCGGAAGAUGGUCGAUCUGCCAACAGCUUCCAGUUCAUUCCCGUAUUUCUCAUGUAUGCUGCCGGCUUCCUUUUCAUGGGAGCCACCGAGGAGCAGAUGAACCUUGUCGCCGGCUCUAGCAUGGAUCACGUCUCGUACAUCCUCAUCACAUUUUCGCUUGCCUCACUGAUGUUCCUGUUCUCCAACAUGCUCAUCCACCUUUGGGACCGGCUUGCGCACCCUCCGCUGAACACUAAGGAUUUCGAUACCAAUCACACACAUACGAACGGCCGAGCUGUCGAGGAUGGACAGAUCCGAGAUGCUGAGGAGUUUGAACUGGAUGGACUCAUGAGCGAUGACGAAGAUGAUCCCAGUCGACGAAUGCUUGGACCCAACAGCGAAGACAGCGGAAGCACCAUGGGAAGGAAUCACCAAACCCGUGUUCAAUAAGAAUGAAAGACCUAGGAAGCUUUAGCUAAGAAGAGGUUUGAAGGACUCAGGAUACGUCAAGGCAAGGGCUCUUAUACAUUGACUGACUGAGAUGGGUGUAAAUGAUGAUGCGACAACGCGACCUUUUGGAAAUCUGAUGAUAAAAUGAUACGGGAAAGGAGUCUGUAUAAAAUAGAUGCUAUCUAGAGCUACAUAUUAGGCGUAAUAUUGAAUGGGCUUUGAAUAUUG